AUGCAAGCCAUAAACAGCGAUUGCGAUACGUCGUCUACCUCGCUCGGCCAGCGCCGAGGCAUCUCCGAUCUGGCGCGAUUCGCCCUCGACCUGACCUGGGCAACGCCAACAAGAGCAGAGUCAGAGACUCCUGCUCGACCCAGAGCAUAUCCUUCCCCGCCCAUGUCAGGGUCUCCUCCCCUUCCGCCCAAGCCAAAUCCAGAGGCUGGUGACAGAGGGCAACUGCAUAGCAACUAUCCAUCUACCAGCCCGCAAGAUGCCUACCGGGGGAGGUUGCCGCCAACAACGAUACCGCAAGGCGACUUCAGAGGACCUGCGCCUCUACCACAUUCCCUGCCGCCGCCCCAGCCCCGAUCAUAUCACGCCGAACAGCAGGAUAGAAUGCCUCAUUCAUAUCCUCGACCCGACGACCACCUGCGCACUGCUCCAUCCGGAUAUGCACACCUGGCAAGCCAGGCCUUGCAGCAGCGGCUUCCUCCGCCCUACAUGCAACUGUCUGGGCCACCGCCACCACAGCCAACAGGACCCCAUCAGCAUGGCUAUGCGACAGCCAUGUCGCAGACAUCCCAGGACAGCGGUCCCUACACGUCUCCCAAGACGCAAAGAAAGACAAAGGGCCAUGUGGCAUCAGCCUGUGUGCCAUGCAAGAGAGCCCAUCUUCGAUGCGACGCUCAACGUCCCUGUUCGAGAUGCACAAGCAACGGCAAGGAAGACGCUUGCGUCGACGUGCAACACAAGAAACGUGGCCGCCCGCGGCUGAGAGACGACCGAGAAGCCCGCUAUGGCCCCUCGACAUAUCAGCAUCCCCAGGAUGCUGCGGCGGCGGCAGCAAGGAGACCGCCACUGAGCCACUACUCGGCUGGCACUCCCAUCUCAGGGUACGAUGACCCCGUCCGAGGCAGUCACUCCUAUCGCGUUCUAAAGUCUCAACCAAGCGAACCCAUUGCGCCUCGAUAUCUGGACAGAGCUCCCCUGGGCGAAGCAAAUUUGUACAGCCAACCCCCGUCUCUCACCUCCGGAGCGCCCGAGCCCGUGAUUUUCCUCACAACGGAGCUAGAGAUUGCGCGUGCUUCACCGGCCUUUGCUGAUGCUGUCGGAAUUCCCAACCUCAGAGGCCGCUCCCUCUUCGACAUCGUGGUGCCUACUGAGCGCGAAAAGCUCCAGAACCACCAACGGCAAAUCCAGGAAGAACGAACGAGAAAAGACCCCGUCUACCUACCUCCUAUUUUCGGCAGGCAGGAGCAAGAGCGUGUUUUUGACUCUCUGCGAUUCGAGCCCGACGAGAUUUCGCGGUUCCAGCUAGACCGGCAAGACUUCUUUGUCUUCGCGGGGAGCGAUGGGCAGCCGCGGUCGUAUUCCGUGCGCCUGGGACUGGCCAAGCGUGAAUCGAUUUACUUCAUCGUCAUCCUCAUUAACGCUGUGCCGCGGUAUCCAUAUCCCUCGCCAUCGCCGCGUGCUCGCGAGAUGCCGUAUUCCUAUCCGCCCCAACAACAGCAAGUGUAUGCGCAACAUACCCCCGUUUCCGCGACGUUUGACCAGGCGAGACCUCGGUUCGGAGACGGCGCACUCGCGCCGCGUCCGUCCCCAGGCCAACAUCUGCAUGCGGCUUCUGGCUUAAGCCCCGGUACCAGUCCCGGCAUGCCCUCGUAUGCAGCCUCGCCCAGCCGACCUGAGUAUCCCAGCGGGCCCUCAUCGUACCAGAUCCCCCGUAGUGAACUACCGCCGACCACUCGGCCGCCACAGCCAUCUUUCCAAUUGCCCCCGAUCCGAGCCAGCCCACAUCAACCUCCCCAACCCGAGUCCUCUUCCUGGCAACGGGAUGAUCGAUCCGGACGGGUUGAUAUCGGUGGCCUGCUCGAGAAGCCAGACCCGCAGCAAAGACGUCCGCAAUGA